AUGCGGAAACAGGUUUUGCGCCGCGAAGGCUUCCGAUGUCCUCUAACCGGUGUCGCCGAGAGUGGACACGAUCUUUUGCCUCCUGAACGCACCAAACUCCUCUGCGCCCUUUCUGUUGACUUCGUCUGCAAGCCAAACUACUUCGGUCAGGUGACGUGGGAUAUUUUACGGAAUUACAUGGCAGCGCCACCAGAGGAACUUAAUGAUCCAUCAAAUUGGAUCGCAUUUGAGACGAACAUACACACCCACUUUGAUACUUUCCGACUAUCAUUGAAGAAAACAGAGCGUAACGAUCUAUGGGAUACCGUUGGAAGACUUGUGGCCUCGACGUAUUUCUGA